UGCACAUCGUCACUCGAUCCGUUGUUGCGGUAGUGGAUAUUUGUCGAUACUCUUAGUAGAAGCUCAAGAUGACUGGUCGUGGUAAGGGAGGAAAGGGAUUGGGAAAAGGAGGUGCGAAGCGUCAUAGGAAGGUUCUUCGUGAUAACAUCCAGGGCAUCACCAAGCCGGCUAUUCGUCGUUUGGCACGACGUGGCGGUGUGAAGCGUAUCUCCGGUCUGAUCUACGAAGAGACUCGCGGUGUGUUGAAGGUGUUCCUUGAGAACGUGAUCCGCGAUGCUGUCACCUACACUGAACACGCCAAAAGGAAGACCGUGACUGCCAUGGACGUUGUAUACGCCCUGAAACGCCAAGGCAGAACUCUCUACGGUUUCGGCGGUUAAGAACGUGGAUUUUCUGCGGAUAUCAAUCGGCCCUUUUCAGGGCCACAAA